GAGACUUCACUCAUUUUCUCAGUCACCAAACAGUAUCAAAGUAAUAAAUAUUAAAUACGUAAGCUGCAGGCAUCACAUGGUCUCAGGAAUCAUUCUGAGCUCCACUCAGCAACGGUGAUGGAGGAGAAGGUGGAAGAAGAAGCAAGGGCAUCAGAGUUAGAAUCAUCAGUGGGUCUACACCCCCAUGGGAAGCUGCUCUCCUCCUACCUCGGCCUCAGCUUCUCCCUCUUCUUGGCCCUCCUCCCAUCCUCCUCCUCAAUCUCCCAGCUCUCGACCCUCCAUCUCAAGCUGCUCCAAGCUGAACAAGAGCUCUGCCGCCUCAAGUCCCGCCGGAAGGAGGACUCCAAAGCCAACGCCAGAGUUGUUGAAAUCUUCGCCGGCCACCGCGAAGGCUGGCGCAGGGAGGAGAAGCGUAUGGUGGACCAGAUCCACGCCGCCGCAGAAGAGAUCGCCUGCCUGAGGGCCAGGGUGGCGGAGCUGGAGCGGUCCGAGGCCGAGCUGAAGGCCAGGGUGGAGGAACUCACCAGGGAAGUGGGGGAGAGGGAGGAGAUGCUCGGGUUUGUGGCGAGGGAGAGGGAGGAGAUGCUCGGGUUUGUGGCGAGGGAGAGCCAAUACGCGUGUUUGGAUGACGGGAAAGUUAGGCUUCCGGCGGCGGAAGCAGCGGAGGAGGAGGAGGAGGUGGGGACGGUGUACGGUCAGCCGGAGUUUGUGGCUUCGGCUUCCAAGUUGUGGUCGGCCGGAGAUGGUCUGUGGCAGGAUGUACAGUAUGAACCCGUCGAACCAUUAUAUCAUAUGAAGCAUUUUGUAGCAAGAAGGGAGUCACCUUGGAAGGUACACGGAGAAUCAACAGGAGUGUCCUCUAAACUUAAAUUACUAGAGCAGGAACUGCUGAAUUUGGAAAGAGUUGGGAAGAGUGAUCUAUCAAAGGUGCCAUCCUUGAUGAGGAAACAGGCAAAGAGAUACCAAGCUCUUUCCGGGAAGAUUGAUGAUCUAUGCCAAAGAAUGCAAGCAAGCGAUCCAUGCGAGCCCACCCUGAGCUCAGAGUUCCGAACUCAAAGACAAACAGAGUUUCUGCUGGAGGCAUUUCGACUCCAGCAGCGGGCAUCAGAAACCGGUCAAAAGUUCAUGGCAUUACAAACAGAGACGGGGAAGAGUCGCAUGGGAGGAGGAGGAGGAGAGGAGCUGGGCCUGAGCACAAAGCGGUCACUGGACUCCAUCAGAAACAACCUGAAAGAAAUCCAGAGAAACUUGGAGAUAUGGUUGGCGAGAAUCAUCGGAGAUCUGGAAGGCAUUCUGGCCAGAGAUGGCGCCUCACGUGUAAGGGAAUACUACAUCUCUAGAUACCCUUUUGUUCAAUAGCCAUUCUCAACCUGAAAAUAUUGCCUCUUUUGGUAGAUUACUCAUCCUAGCUAUUGAAGUAGCGGUUAGAUGUCCUAACAAAAUGAAAUUUGUUACAUUUCCUUUAUCAAUCGUUGCGGUGGUUGUAAUC